UAAGGCCUUCAACUGAUUGGAUGAGGUCUACCCACAUUGUUGAGGACAAUCUUCAUUAUUUAAAUUCAACUGAUUGUAAAUAUCAAUCACAUCUAGAAAAUAUCUUCACAGCAACAUCUCUGCCAGUGCUUGACCAAACAACUGGCACCAUAGCCCAAUCAAGUUGAUUUGUAAAAAUAACCAUCACAUACGGCAACUCUAUGUUGAACCUUUUGAGGAACCGUCAGGCUGUUUUCCAAAGCAGCGGCACCCUUUACAGUCCCACCAGCAGUGAAGAGGACCACCAGGCUCGGGUAGAAGAGGCAAUCACCCGCAUGCUUGUGUGCGCCCUGAAAACUGCAGAGGACCCACACAGUACCAGGGCUUGGUUAAACCCAACGGAGGUUGAGGAAACAUCCCAUGAAGUCAAUUGUCACUACUUAAAUAGAGCUGUUUCUGCCUUUUUUGAUCAUUACAGAACAUCUAAGACAGUGGAAAUCCAAGCACUCAGAACAAAUGGAGAGCACAUGAAAAAGGAAGAAUUCAACAUGCACAACAACCUCAUGGAGGUAGAACAAACAGGCAGCCAGAACUUAACCUUGGGAACAGUAGGAGAGCAGGCAGCAUGUCCCUUUGGCCCUGAUCUGGUUCCCAUACUACCGAGUUCUGAAGAUCCACCCUCAGAAACAGGAGGCAUGUUUAAAAAUGAUGGUAAAGACUUUGUUGGCAAAGCUGGAGAGCACUUUGACAAAUUGCACUGUACCAAGAAGCAACGAAUGAUGAGUGGACGUGAGAAUGAAAUUGUGGAACAGAUUGCUUCAAAUAGUACUAUGGCCCCUUCCCAAACAUUCAUUUCUACAGAUGACUUACUGGACUGCUUGGUGAAUCCACAAGUAACCAAGAUAGUGGCACAACUUUUGAUACAAGGAAGGAGUUUGUGAUUGUAAUAGAAAAUGACUUUUAAAUAUUUUAAACAUUUUUAAAAUAGUGUGAUUUUUAAAUAAAAGAUGAAACAAUGAAAAGCAGUUUGCACAGGCUUGUAUAUGUACUUAUUUUUGCCUAGUUAAAUUUCAGCCGCUUGCCACCUUCUUGCAUGUACAUUGCUCUUUGCCCAAACUGGCUCUUCGUUAUUUGUGAGGCCUUUUUUCUGAGCCUUUUUCUUUCCUCUCCCUUCCCAUCUCCUCAGCCUAUUUCAAAUGUAAGCCCCAAGUGUUCUCAAUAGGAAAUAAUCUCUCCAUCAGCCUUAAGCAGGGGUCAGCCUGCUGCUUGUUUUUGUGAUAAAGUUUUAUUGGAACACA